AUGGGUACCAGCACAAUGGGUAGCGAUUUGCAUUCUGAUAAGCAGGACAAAAUGCUAAAGCUGCAAGCCCGAAAGAAAGAACUAGAGCUGAUGCUUGCAGCUAAAAAUGAAGAGCUCUACAAACUAUGCGUGCAAGAGGUCCAAUUAACUGGUAUUAUGCCCCCAGAAGCGCCUUUAAGUCCUGAAGUACCGCAAAGAGAAAGAUUAGGCAGUAUCAAGAGUGUUGACAGGUCAACCGAAGGUAACGAUGUACAAGAUGGAUCAGAUAAUUCAUCGAGGCGCUUUAGAACCACAGCAGGCGAUCGCAUGCAUGACCUAGAUGCGAAUUUGCGUAAAAAUUUAUCACAUAGAUUGUCAACUCCUUCAAUAUCGGGAGUGUCAUCAAAAAGUGCACACUCGAGACACACCCGUCGGCCAGAAACCAGCUGCUCUAAUUUUUUUCCUUCGCCCCCACAAGAACGCAACACUGAUACAUUUUCAAUCCAUACCUCUCACACAUAUCCAACUCUGUCAGGAAGACAUGAUGCAAUAAAUGAAAAUAUUCAAAAUGACUUGCAACAGGGCCCUAUUUAUAGACACCACACCAUGACCACAGAUUAUAUGAACAAAUUAUACUGUAACAACACUGCUGAAGCCCACAACGCAUCCCGGUUACGAGAGACACACUUUAGUUCAAGUCAUCCAGACAUUACCACACAUUAUACACAUGGAAGCAUGGCACCCCAUCCAGUACAAAAUGGCAUGCGUAACACUCCAUUGUUAUAUCAAUAUGCUUCACACUUAAAAGCUCAAAGCCAACACUUGGCUGGACUCGCUCAUCAGCAUCCAGUGCAGUCAAAACGGCGUCCAGAAGGAGUCCGUCGAAAUACCUUGCAAAGAACACAAACAUAUCAUUUGACGUCUCAUAGUGACUAUAAUCAGUUGCAUUUAGAAAACAUGAAACACGAGCUGCCAAUGCUUGUGUACCAACAUCGGUCUCAACCAGAUAUUCAGGAACAACCCCAUUUACCAGUUGAAAGGGUUAUUCCAGUUCCAAAUACACUACCUUUACGAGAACAUAAUACAAUAAGAAAUCCAAUGCAUAUGCAGUUGCAAGUUUCAACCGAUGACUAUAUCAGAGAUGAUAGGAGGCAUUAUCCUGAUCCUCUGACACCAGUCAGCACAAAGUCUGCUGCUUAUAAUUAUGACCCUACAGGCUUGGGUAAAUUCUCACCACUCUCUCAAACUGACUUGAAAGUAAAAGAGAAACUGUGGUAUGAGACUUCACUUGAUUCACCAACAAAAUCUGAAGCGCCUCUUUUAAAAAAGAGUUCAAGCUUAAAAAGAACAUCUAGCAUAGGUAACUCUCAAGCUUAUGAAAUAAUGAUUUCAUCAGGCCGCCAUUCAGCGAUGCAGAGCCCCAAUCAGAUGCCGCAGAGUCCACCUGUUUUAUCACCUGGAGCAGUUUCUUUGGAAUCUCCUAAAAAUUUGACUGUCAUUGAACAAGGGAAGUGUAUACCAUAUAGGGAAGAAACUAAGCCUUUCGAAAUGUCUGAUUUUUACAAAUAUUCGACUAAGUUUAGACAAGCCAAUACUCAUAAAAAUACUUCUAAUAAUCCUGGCCCAAGUCUGAACACUGGGUAUAAUAAGUUACCUAUGGAGUUGCCACAGUAUGCUCAAGACCAUUGGCAUGGCCAAACAAACUAA